AAUCAUUUUAACUCUCAAACCCAUAGCUAAAUUUAAUAUACGCUUGCGUAAUUAUAUAAAUAUGUAUUGUGAUUAUUUGGUUUUACUUUUUCUUGGGUUCGCCGCAAAAGAUUCGGAACGUGGGUCCGACGAGAAUACCGCUAACCAUAUAUCUAAUAUACUAAAAGAAGUAUCAAAAUAUUGUAACGAUGGAUCAGAUCAUCGUCCCCCCUUCCUUCCACCACCCCCAGUAGUCGUGUCACCAUACGAUUUCGACCAGCAUGUUUAUACAGGACCUGACCCAAUCUUUGACGACGAAAUUCAAACGAACGAAUAUUAUCCUUAUACAGUAGAUGAUUAUAUUGAGGAUCAUCAUAUACCAAGUGAUGGUAUACCGGUGGAAUACGGUUCUGCAAAUAUAAGUCCCAGUAGACGUAUGCAGAUUCUCCAAAAUCAAUAUGGCGACCUACCAAUUGUAAGUGGUACUAACGAAUUGGUGACCGUUGUGAAUAAUAAUCAAGUAGCUAUGGUCAGAAUACCGGAGCCGGUUGUAAUGAAUCUGGUGACACCAGAUCAAUUGUCAGUAUUGUACCAGAAAAAUCAAGCAUUCGAAGUCCCGUCGACAGAUCCAUCGGCGCCAAGAUUGAUUGCGAUGACAACGAGAGUUCUAUCUUCUAUUCUAAAAGCAAAGAAGAGAUUCCACAACGUAAUUGACCACGGUGUAGCUGGCGCGGAGAACGUAUUCUCUGGCAUACAUGAAGCGGCCGGCGGUAUCGCGGAGCUCAUUGGGGGCGGCGCGCAUGGUCUUCUAGACUUUAUAGUUUAACAUCUAACUGGUCAUACGAUAAUAAUUUAAAAUAUUAAAUAUUUCCUCAGAUCAA